AUGCAAUUCCUCAAUGCAAAGUCGCUAUUAUACAUCAGGGUUGUUGCCCUUUUCGUCCUAGCUUACUACCUAGUUCAAGAUCCAGAGGGUCUUUGUUCAGCAGGAUUCGUCAUCCUUUUGGGCCAAGCAAUGCAAGUACCAGCCUUGCACUUGAAUUCAAAUAGUCCUGUCUUGGGUAUGUUGUCCGUACUCGUUUCGACCCAAGCUCUAAGUGAUUUGAUCCCAUUGAUUGCUGAGAAUUGGCACUAUUUUGAGACUUUGGUACCGGUGAGAUUGUUCUUUUCCUUUAUGCUCACUGCUUAUAUGUACUUUGUACCCACCAGCAAAAUCAGCAACAGUUUAGUCGCUACGUAUGCCAUGUUUGAAGUUUGGGUAAACUUUCUUAUCUACAACAACUUACGUGACGAAAAGUUUUACCGGAUGAAGAAGUUUGUUGAAGAGAAUGCAAAUGCUAUAAAGCAAGCUCAGGAUGACAAGGUGUAUGUUAUUGAAGAAUAG